AUGUCUUUAGAAACACCUGAUACAUCAGAAAGGAAGAGGUCCCAAGUGGCGAGGGCUUUCAAGAAGUGCAUUCCCACAAAGCAGAGCCUGGGCAAGUUCUUCUCAUACACUCGACUCCUCUUCUCACUCGACUACGAAAAGACCGAUGUCCUCCUCAUUAUCACCGCCGUCUUCUUCGCUGUGGCCGCAGGCAUUCCCUUCCCACUCCUGGGCAUAGUCUUCGGAGACUUAAUAAACGAUCUGAACACGGCCACCUGCGGUCCAUCCGAUACAUCCAAUAUCGACGUGACAGACGCAGUGCGCACAAAAGUCCUCUACGUGAUCUAUAUCACCAUUGCGAAUUUCUGCUUCAUCUAUAUCCAUUGCAGCUGCUGGAGUCUGAUCAGCGAACGCAUCGCUCGUCGAUACCGUCGGCGCUACUUUGAAAGCGUGAUUAGACAAGAAACAGGUUAUAUCGAAAGUCUGCCAGCCGGCGAUGUUGUUUCCAGGCUCGUGGGGGAUAUCGAGGUCGUGCAGUCAGGCACCUCGGAGAAGGUCGGCUUGGUCAUCUCCACCGUCUCAUAUUUCGUGACUUCGUAUAUUGUAGCCUUCAUCAAGGUCCCGCAGAUUGCGGGUAUGCUGAUCUCAGUGGUGCCUUGCUUCUUUCUAAUGACAUUUGUGGGAGGGUAUUAUAUCAAGAAGUAUGGGGGGCGAAUUAGCCAGCGGUCGAAUUCUGCGACAUCUAUUGCCUCUUCGAGCUUGUCGCAUCUGAUGCUUGUGCAUGCGUUCAAUGCGCAUGAUCGAUUAGAGAGGCUGUUUGCAGACUAUCUCUCUGAGUCUCGCAUGGAUGCUUUGAAGAAGGCUGCAACUCAUGCAUGCCAAUUGGGCUUUCUCUACUUUGUUGCCUACAGCGCCAAUGCGUUGGCCUUCUGGGAGGGUGCUCGUUUGAUUGCGGACUCGGUGGAAGCUGGUGGCACUGGUGUCUCAGUGGGUGCGGUGUACACAGUCAUCUUCGUCUUGAUUGAUGCUUCAUUCAUUCUCAGUCAGGUUGCCCCUUUUGUUCAUGUCUUUGCUUCAGCGGCUGGGGCUGCGGACAGACUUUUAGAGGUCAUCCACCGCCAGUCGAACAUUGAUGGGACAUCCAAUUCGGGAGAUCAGGUUGCACCUUUCAAUUCGGCAGACAUCACUUUUCGAGAUGUGCACUUCACAUAUCCAUCGCGCCCGGAUGUGCCUGUUCUCAAAGGGAUUGACCUGACAAUUCCACCUCGGAAACACACCGCAAUUGUUGGCCCAUCUGGUGGAGGCAAGUCAACCAUUGUGGCCCUUUUGGAGCGUUUUUAUGACCCCUUCAGCGGAGAAAUCGCCAUUGGAAACCAGAACUUCCGUAAUCUGAAUGUGAAGUAUUUGAGAGGAAACAUUGGCUUUGUGCAACAAGAACCAUCGUUGUUGGAUCGCUCAAUUCUGGAAAACAUCGCCUAUGGACUGGUCACUUCUGCAGCUGAACAUCACCUAUCGCUGGCUCCCUUCAUCUUCGAUUCCAGCCUUCCUGAUCUAGUAGCGCAGCUUCGCACAGGUCUUUCUGAAACGAAAGCACUUGAAAGCCACGAUCCUAAAGUAGCGGAGAUUGUGACUUUAGUACGACAAGCUGCCGCAAACUCGAAUGCUUUGAAUUUCAUUGAUGCUCUGCCACAUGGGCUUGCAACACCGGCAGGCUCAUCCGGAAACAUGCUGAGUGGAGGUCAGAAGCAGCGCAUUGCACUAGCCAGAGCUCUGGUGCGAGAACCAACGUUGCUCAUCCUCGAUGAGGCGACCGCAGCAUUGGAUUCCACCAGUGAACAACUAAUUCAAGAAGCACUGGCCAAGGUAUCCGAGCGUGUGACUACAGUCUCUAUCGCACACCGUUUGUCUACAGCAAAGGAUGCACACAAAGUUGUGGUCAUUCAGAAAGGCAGAGUUGCAGAAGAAGGACCUCAUGUCGAGUUGGUUGCAAUGGGUGGUCCGUAUGCUGAGAUGGUCCGUCUUCAGAAUCUCGGAAAACUGAGCCUUGGCACACUUAAGCAGGAUCCUAUUCGCCAGGCCAGAGAAUCUGCUAUAGUCGAGGCAUCGCCGAUGGACAGCAAGGAAGUCAUCUUGGAUGUACUUGGUGCCGAUGUGGCAGACGAAACUUUGCCUGCAUAUGAGGGUAUUGUCAACAAGGAGACCAUCAAAGAACAAAAGCGACGCGAGAAGGAAGAGUUGAAAGAAAAGAAAAAGCGCAAGCGCUCAGGGUGGUUCACGACAAAGUUUACAUGGUCACUCCUUCGUCCGAACAUGCAUUUCGUCUUGAUUGGAUUUGCCAUGUCUGUCGUAAUCGGUGGCAGCUAUUCUGCCGAGGCCGUCAUCUUCGGACACACGGUAGGCGCCUUGAGCCCGUGUGAUGGAGCAGAUGGUAUCCGAUCUGGCGGAAACCUAUAUGGAUUACUGUUCUUCAUAAUGGCUCUGGUUGAGCUAGGAGCGAAUGUGAUCAGCGGCUGUGCAUAUGGCUGGGCAGCCGACAAAAUCUUAUAUCGGAUCCGAGUCUUGUCACUGCGGUCUCUCUUGAACCAGACAAUCAAGUGGCAUGGUGAUGAUGAUCGAUCACCUGGAACUCUAAUCACAUACAUCACCGGUGAUGCCACUGCGCUGGGCAGCAUCACAGGAACCACCAUCGGCCUGUUGUUGGCUACUGCUGUGAACUUGGUUGCUGGCGUGGUGAUAUCUUUCGCCAUUGCAUGGAAGAUUGCAAUCGUUCUUUUGCCCACGAUUCCUGUGCUCUUGAUAGCAGGCAUGAUGAAGCUGCGCACCCAGGCCCAGUUUGCUGAACGGCACCAGAAGGCGUUUGCGAAAGCGACAGCCAUUACCGUUGAAGCAGUCAGUAACAUCCGAGCUGUGUCAGCAUUUUCUUUGGAGAAACAAUCUUACGCUGUCUACGAACGGGCCCUUAAAGCUCCAUACCGUGAGACAUUGAAGUCAAUCGCUUUUGGAAAUGUUUUCCUCGCAACAGCCUUCAGCAUCAGCAAUCUUGUCUAUGCUCUGGCAUAUUGGUGGGGUACCAGACAGAUCGUUGCUGGACUCUACUCUCAGACUCAAUUCUUCAUUGUGUUGCCCGCCCUGCUGUUCAGUACUCAAUCUUGCGGACAGAUGUUUGCUCUUGCACCUGAUAUCUCCAAGGCCGGACUGGCCGCAUCAAACAUUGCCGAGCUACUCACCACUAGAUCGAGCGACGAGGAGUUGAACUUUGAGACGAAGGGCCAGAAAGUCGACGUCAAUCUUCUUGAAGAAAAGAUACCUGACCCAGAAGCAGCACACCCAGAGCAGCAUAUGCUCAAAUCAAGUGAAGCACCCCCAAUGAUGGGCGGAAUUGGUGCCGAGCUUCAAAACGUCCACUUUGAGUAUCCUUCCCGGCCAGGCCAACCCGUACUCCGCGGUCUCAGCUUGAGAAUCAAGCCCGGUCAAUUCUGCGCCCUCGUUGGCCCCAGUGGCUCGGGGAAAUCAACAACAUUUGCCAUGCUAGAACGCUUCUACCGCCCAGAGUCUGGCGCAGUAAUAAUCGAUGGCGUCAACAUAACCCGACAACUAGGAACCGUAUUCCGCGACGAGAUCGCACUCGUCCCACAAGAGAAUGUCAUGUUCGAAGGCACAGUCGCAUUCAACAUCGGUCUCGGAGCCCGACCAGGGCACCAACCAACACAAGCUGAAAUCGAAGAAGCAUGUCACAUGGCCAAUGUCCACGAAGUGAUCAUGGCUUUGCCAGAGGGAUACCAAACCCAGUGUAGUCAUGACGGAAAGCAAUUCUCGGGCGGCCAAAGACAACGACUAUCGAUUGCCCGAGCACUUGUUCGUCGACCGCGCAUGUUACUUCUCGAUGAAUCGACGAGUGCGUUGGAUGUUGAAUCCGAGAAGAAGAUUCAAGAGGCUCUUGCAACACUUGCCAGUCGGACUACUGUGGUUGCUAUUGCUCAUCGCCUGAACACGAUCCAUCGGGCUGAUUGCAUUUACCUUAUUGAGGACGGGCGUUGUGUUGAACAGGGGACUCAUGAUGAGCUUGUUCAAGCUAGUGAGUCUUAUAGGAGGAAUGUCAUUCAUCAGUCUUUGGAGACUUGA